CAGACGGAUCGCCUGAGGCAGAUAUUGGUGCUCAAGCCCUGGGAUUGGCCUAAAGAAGGGUUGUGUUGCCCCACCGGCUGGGCUUUGGCAUCCUGUCCAACUGCUGUCACAUCCAGACAUAAAAGUAGCCUCGACGUAGUGCUGGGGCAGUGUGCUGUGCUUAGCGAGGAAGCAGCAGCCACCAUGCAGGUGCCAACCAAGCUCUACCCCAAGAACUGCCUGCUGACCGUCAUGGACCGCUACUCGGCCACGGUGCGCAACAUGGAGCAGAUGGUGAUGAUCCCCAGCCUCCUGCGGGACGUGCCAUUGAACGGGCAGGGGCAGCAGGCUCAGGAGGGGGCCCCUGAUCUCUAUAAAUACUUCACCAUGCUCAAGGCCAUCCGCGUGGAUGUGGACCAUGGGCUGCUGCCCCGACAGGAGUGGUGGUCCAAGGUGGCAGGUGGCAGAGCCCAUGAGUCCGAUCAUGAAGCUGCAGAGACAGAGGAUGAGGAGGAGAGGGUCUUGGGGAAGCUGGACCUGGAAGCUCAGUUCCACCUGCACUUUUCCAGCCUUCAUCACAUCCUCACCAAUCUUACCCUGAAAGCUGAGGAGGUGACAAGGAAAUACCAGGAGAUAAUGGGACAGGCCAUGUAGGCCUUGGACUCUAGGGAAGAUCCCAAGUGACAGAAGGCAGACUGUGUGGUGAGGACACGAACACUAGCUCUGAGGCAGAUGGGAAUGGUCUGGACCUGCAGCUGGAAACAUAGGCACCUCGGUGUCCUGCGAUGCUUUCCUGCCUCCCUCAGAGCGCCAGUUUGUGGACUUGGCAACAGGUCACCUUUAGAAUGCUUGCUGCUAUUCACAACUCCCCUCACUCCUCUCUCCAGCAGGGGUGGUUGCCAGUAGUUCAUGAGGAGCUCGGCAUUACCUGCCAGUGUGUUACCGUAGACCACAAGUUUUCAUAGCUGACCAAGUUAAAUUCACAUCCUUUCUCUGAGCAGUCAUUCACAUGAUCCUGGAUGUUAUGUAACCCACUGGAGCCUAAAUUCCUCAUCUCUAAAAUGUGAUAGUAUCACUGAUCUCACGAGAUUGUCAUGAAAAUUUAAAAAGAUGAAUCAAAAGCCCCUGGCAUGUGAGUGCUAUUAUCAAAGGUUGAUUUUUUUUUUUUCUCUCCCCUCACCUUGUAUUUACUCUAGCUCUUACGUUUUAUCCUCCAGGACUAAGGGAGAGCAAAGUCCCUUAGGAUGAAUGGUUCACACUCUUGUACCUGCCAAGCAUGAAUGAACAAUACCUUUUAUUUGUUGAAGUAGCAAUUAAAAAAAACUUGCAAACAUCUUUGCUUCUAAAGUAAUUUUUCAGACAUGAUUUCAUUUUUAACAGGGGAGACCCAAGAGAAUAGACAUGGGACUCAUCUAAUUUUGCCCAGAAACCAUAUGCUUAUGUUCAUUCUAAUCUGAAAUCAUGUAGAGAAAUAAUCUUACUGAUCUCCCAAAACUAAUCUGAUCAUAAAAUCUGAGCUUGGAAACUUUUUGGACAAAUACGUGAAUUCAAGAAGUCAUUAAGAAUAAGUUUAUUGCAGGUAGAUGGGGAUUUUCCUUUUAAUGACACCAAGCGUGGCUAUAGCCCAGGUUAGCAGCUGAGCCCACUUUCACCAGGGUGAUCCAUCUACAAGCAAAGACCCCUCUGCCGUUACAGUCUUCUGUCCUCCCAGUCCUGAGCUUCUUCCUUUUAAACUACCCUCUAUACUGAUUACUGCAGAGAGCUCAGAAAUACAAACCUGACCAUGUCAUUCCACUAAAACCGUUUUAGUGACUUCCCAUCAUCUAUAGGAUCAAGUCCAAAUUAUUCUGCAUGAUUCAGAAAAACCUCCAUAAUCUGGCUUGCUUUGUCUCGCUUUCUACUGGAACUGGAACAGGCAAACCUUUUCUGUAAUGGGCCAUAUAUUAAACACUUUCGGUUUUACAGGCCAGAAGUUCUCUGUCACAACCACUCAACUCUACCCUUGUAGCAUGGAAGCAGCCACUGACAUGGAAACAGAGAAGCAUGGCUGUGUUCCAAUAAAAUGUACUGGCAGUAGACACGACUUGGCUUACAGGCUAUCCCUUGCCAACUCUGAGCUAAACUCCAUUUAAACCUGUCAAAUGCCGGGGCACCUGGGUGGCUCAGUGGGUUAAGCCUCUGCCUUCGGCUCAGGUCAUGAUCCCAGGGUCCUGGGAUCAAGCCCCACAUUGGGCUUUCUGCUCUGCAGGUAGCCUGCUUCCUUCUCUCUCUCUGCCUGCCUCUCUGCCUACUUGUGAUCUCUGUCAGAUAAAUAAAGAAAAAAUCUAAAAAAAAAAAUAAAAAUAAAUAAAUAAAAAUAAAC